AUGCCUCCUGCGUUCAACCCCAAUCAACCCUCUCCACUUCAACCAAAGCAGAGCAGAUGCACUCGACCAAGUACCCGAGUAGAAUUCCGCGAGCUGAGUCAAUCCCAACGUAGUGCAUAUGUUGAAGCUAUCAAAUGUCUACAGAGCACUCCUUCAGCAUUCCCUGAAAAUCUUCGUGCUGUAUCUUUAUAUGGUGAUCUCUUUUACACCCACUACAGUGCUGGUGGACUUGCUCAUCUUGGCGCCGUCUUUCUCCCAUGGCAUCGUGUAUUUAUGCAAAAUUUUGAAGAUCUCAUGCGUGGAGCAUGCGGCUAUUCUGGCCCAAUGGUAUACUGGGACUGGAGUCUAGAUGCAUCAGAUCCAUCCAAUUCGCCUGUAUGGAGCUCAGAUUUUAUGGGCGGAAACGGUGAUCCCGACACUGGCUGCAUUAACUCCGAUUGUAUUUCCAGUGGACCAUUUUAUGGUCUUACAGGAGUUCAUCCUUCACACCAUUGUGUCAAACGUCGAUUUGAUCUUGCUCAUGGCAUGUAUUCAAGUUUCUACACACCCGAAGUUGUUUCUAAAAUUGUGCGAACAUCUCAAACGUAUCUAGAAUUUCGCCAUGAGAUUGAAACCAAGCCUCACGGCAGUAUACAUUCUGGCGUUGGUGGCAAUUUUGCUACUGCUACGAUUAGCACCAAUGAUCCAUUGUUUUUUCUUCAUCACACUAAUAUGGAUCGGCUGUGGUGGAUUUGGCAGUCACAGAGUCAACGCAAUAUGAACUCGUAUGGCGGAAACCGGAACCAGUUAUCAGAUUAUAACUAUGCAACGUUGAGUGACACAAUUCCUAUGUUGGGAUUAUCCGGCAACAAGCAGGUAUGGGAAGUUAUGAGUACUGUUAGAGGAGGCAGGUUUUGCUAUCAGUAUACCAACAUGGAAAUGAGUACUCGAAACUCUCUUUCCAAGCGAGAUCUCGUAUCUAAUUCGACCAUAUCAUUUAAGCCCAACUCUCCACUGGAUAUGAUCAAACAAGACCCGUUUUUAAAAAAUAAUGCGAAAGCUUUAGUAUAG